CUUCCUUUUCACUCUAUAUCUAUAAAUAAUGUGAUCCUUCCACAACCUCCCCAAUACUCCAUACAAACUAACACAGAAAAGAACUGAACAUUCCACGAUCACAACUUUCAAUCUGAAUCCACAUCGCACGUACGUUCAAGUUUUGUUGCUUUUAAUUUGUUGCUCGAGUGAAACUGUGAAACACACAGGUUAAUUUGAGUUCGAAUCGUAAGGGAUAAUGGGAAGAGAGAUGAGUAACCUUAACCCAAAUAAAGAAACUCGUAUUCCUGUAAUUCCUACGGUGCUUUCAAUUCCAUCACCAUCACCAUCCCAAUUCCAUUCUCCUUCUCCAGCCAAUUCCAUUCCAAUGACACCUAAAAGCCCAUUCAUCACUCGCGUCAUGACACCGUUGGCUAGCCCCAUGAAGAAGGCCAUGGCAAGCAUGCAAGGCUACUUGGAGUUCACUAAGCUCAACCCACAUGAUGAAUGGCUUCCUAUAACUGAAUCAAGGAAUGGAAACGCGUUUUAUGCAGCAUUCCAUACCCUCAGCUCUGGAAUCGGAGUUCAAGCUCUUGUUCUUCCCCUUGCCUUCACUGCACUUGGGUGGGUUUGGGGAAUAAUGAGUUUGUCAGUAGUUUUUGUGUGGCAAAUGUAUACACUUUGGCUUCUGAUUCAACUCCAUGAAUCUUCUUCUGGGACUCGAUACAGCCGAUAUCUAUGGCUUUCCAUGGCUGCUUUUGGAGAGAAAUUAGGGAAGCUCAUGACGUUAUUACCGACAAUUUACCUUUCAAGUGGGACAUGCAUAACCCUAAUCAUGAUCGGGGGAGCCACCAUGAAACUUCUUUUCAACACCAUCAUUGACAAUACAUGGGAGAAAAAUAAUGAAACACCUCUAUCGAUGAUCGAGUGGUACCUUGUUUUCACAUGUUCGGCAGUUGUGUUAACACAACUGCCGAACUUGAAUUCGAUUGCAGGGGUUUCACUGAUAGGAGCUAUUGCUUCGGUAUCAUAUUGUACUGUUAUAUGGGUUGUGUCGGUUGUUGAAGGGAGGCCCACGGGUGUAUCGUAUGAGAAGUUAGAGGAGGUGUCACAAGUUGCUAGGGUUUGUGAUGUUUUAAAUUCUCUUGGCAUCGUUGCAUUUGCUUUUCGAGGUCAUAAUUUGGUGCUUGAAAUACAGGGUACAAUGCCUUCAAAUCCAAAACAACCAUCACGUAUACCCAUGUGGAAAGGUGUAAAAUACUCGUAUUUCAUUAUCGCAAUGUGUCUCUUUCCUCUCGCAAUCGGUGGAUAUUGGGUCUACGGUAACAUGAUGCCGACAACGGGAGGACUGCUAAACGCAUUGUACAAAUACCACGGUCAAUCAACUUCGCGAGCAAUUUUAGGGUUAACAAGCGCACUUGUCAUCAUCAACAGUCUCACCUCUUUCCAAAUCUACGCAAUGCCCGUUUUCGACAACCUAGAACUGCGAUACGUGACUAAAACAAACGGGCCAUGCCCAUGGUGGGUCCGGGCCGGGUCACGGGUUUUCUUCGGUGCCCUAGCUUUCUUUGUAGCAGUUGCCCUACCAUUUCUACCAAGUCUCGCAGGUCUCAUAGGCGGCAUUGCAUUACCCGUGACUUUAGCAUACCCGUGUUUUAUGUGGAUAGUCAUCAAGAAACCUAAUGUUUAUAGCAAGAUGUGGUGGCUCAAUUGGAUUCUUGGUUGCCUAGGGAUGAUUUUAAGCGUUCUACUUGUUUUGGGGGCAAUUUGGACAAUAGUUACUCGAGGAGUCGAGGUCCAUUUCUUUAAUCCAAAGUGAGAAACAAUAAAAAUGUAUAUGUAGUAAUUUUUGUUAUUGUUUGCUUCAAUUCCAAUUACACCAAUAGGAUAAAGUAUAAAAGGAAAAACAAAGGUCCAAGAUUGUAUGAAAAUGGUGAAAAGGUGUUGGGAUUUAUAAAGAUUAGGGUUUUUUUUUACAUUGAUAAAGGAAGAAGCAUCCUUCGUUUCUUUUUUUGGGCGAGUUUUAUUCGCUUUGUUAGCUUCAUACAUAAUAGAAGUAACAAUGUGAUUGUUGCUAAACCAAAUCCAAGUCUCAUGUGGCUGAAAUAUAAUGCAACUGCUGAGAAAACGAAAAAAGCUAGAAUUGCAAGUUCCCAUAUUACAAAUACCACUACGUCCACCCUGCAA